CUUUCGAUGCAGGCGCUGGAGGAGAAAAAUGGCUCCUUCUGAGACACACGGCGCGGCUGCCAUCUUUAAACUUGAAGGUGCCCUUGGGGCAGAUAACACAGAGGACAGAGACGAAAAGAGCCUGGAGAAACAGAAGCACAGCGUCACCACUGUAUUUGGAGCAAACACGCCCAUUGUUUCCUGUAAUUUUGACAGAGUCUACAUCUACCACCUGCGCUGUUACAUUUAUCAAGCCAGGAACCUCAUGGCUUUGGACAAAGACAGCUUUUCAGAUCCAUACGCUCAUGUCUCCUUCCUCCAUCGAAGCAAAACCACUGAGAUCAUCCACUCCACCCUACAUCCCACCUGGGACCAGACCAUUAUAUUUGAUGAGGUUGAAAUCUUUGGGGAGCCCCAAAUAGUUCUCCAGAACCCACCCAAAGUUAUCAUAGAACUUUUUGAUAACGACCAAGUGGGCAAAGAUGAAUUUUUAGGUCGAAGCAUUUGCUCUCCACUGGUGAAACUGACAUCACACCGAAGCUUCUCUGGCAUCCCGUUAUGA